AAAAAUAUUUUCGAAUCAUCUUGACAAUAUAAACGUAUUUUCCGACUUUUAUAUUUAAAUAAAAAUUAUGCUUAGCUAAGAAAAUAAUUUUUUUUGCCAUCUUUAAUAAAUUCCCAUAAAUGUUAUUUGAAUAUUCGUUGCAAUAAAAAAAAAAGAUCAAGUGUCAAGCAAAUGUCAUGGAUCAGCUGAUAGCCACAGUAGUGUUUGUGUGUCAGUCGUAUCGCUAAACUUGUAUGCAUUAUGCAGUGUAAAAAAUUAAUAAAUGUAUACUUGGUACACAAAUAAAAAAUUGAAGAAAAUAAAGGAUAACAGAGAAUAAAAAUGCAUCUGUGCUGGAUUCACUGCCACAGGAAAGAAAUAAAAAAAUUUCAUAGAAAUGGCAAACGAAGUCAAGAACAAAGUCAUACUGCACUGGAACUGUCGAGGUCUGGUAGAGUUUCCAGAAGUGAUAAGAUCACACGGUAGUCAUAUUCAAGAGAUAUAUCUUAAAUGGAACAAGCUUUCUACUCUACCAUCCUGGAUUAUGGAACUUUUUAAUGUAACUAACUUGUACAUGUACGGCAAUCUCAUUAAGCAAUUGCCCAUGGAAUUUGGUCAGAUGAAUCAGUUGACGGUAUUGGAUCUAAGCGCUAAUAAACUGGGACAUAUCCCUUCCUGCAUUGGUAAUUUGAGGAAUCUAAAGUCUUUAUUCUUAAAUGACAACUUUGUAGAAAGAUUACCAGUUGAAUUGAGCAAACUGAGAAAUCUGGAAAUACUAUCUAUUUCGGGCAAUCAAAUUGUUGCACUACCAGAAUGGAUCGGCUCUCUACCAAAACUUAAAGAAUUAUAUAUAGAUAACAAUCAGCUAAGAGAACUACCUAACAGAUUGACAUUAGCUCCUGAACUUGCCAUGAUUUCUGUGUGUUCAAACAGGCUGAGAUAUUUACCAUUGAAUGGAUUUUUAUCAGCUCCCUGUAUCCGAUUUGAUGCAAAUGAAUAUUUAAAUUAUGUGUCAUAUCCACUUCUACUUCAACUACUUUCACAACUUCGGAUGACAGCUAUACACAACAGGAGCAGUUUGGCAUUUGGGUGUUUUAAAACACAUUAUAACACUACUGUGUUAAAUGCAAAUAUGAAAUUGUACAUAGAGAUGAGAGGUUUGUAUGAAAUGGACGCCGAUGUUAUAAUCGAAUUACCACGGCAGCUUCUAAAAAUUCAUAAAAUUCAUGAAAAUACGACUUGUUCCCUAUGGGAAUUAGCCUUGCGAAGAAUUUAUAUCGAGAGGUAUAAACAUACACUCGACGUGUUCACUUCUCCUCCAAACGUGACGAUAUUCUAUGAAUCACUUCCCAAAAAUACUAAAUUGGACUUUACAUUGUUUUCUACAAACUAUACUUUAUACAGUUUAUUAAUGAACGGACCUGCAAGUAUCUGUAUAAAUACACAAUGUCAGCAACCUAUAUUUACAGAAGCUUGGAUCAUUAUCGGUAUAAGCCGUUACGCAGAAUCCAUGAUAAUGAUAGCUUUAUGUUGUAGCAAAAGUUGCGCUACUGCAUUUGCUACACACUCGAAUACGACUAUUAAGCUUCAUUGGCACUCGAUCAAUUGAUGAAUUCUUCUCAUUUAGGUAUUGAUAAGUAUUUAAUUAAUGCAUUUCUGUAUGUAAAAAGUAUUAGGAAAAUAAAAAUUCUUAUUUGUUAAAA